AUGAAAAAGUAAGCAGGUAAACUGCCUAACCCCACUACCUUAAGUGUUUAUAUUUAAAGUAAAGCUACAUUUCUAGGGCAACUCCCUUAUAUUUUAUCAUCAUUUCCUAUCUCUCUCUCACAAGGACCCAGAUGGCAAUUAUCAAUACAAAAGCUAUAGAAGCAAAUCAAGAGGCAGAACAAAGCUCAAGACGUAGAGAGGCGGAAGAGUAUGCUGCCAGGAAUGAUACAUUAUGGACGCAAGCGCCUCCAGCAUAUGAAGAAGUUGCAAGUAUAACGACAAGCAGGGGGAAUAAUGAUGUACUUUGCCAGCCUAUUCAAGGUCCUUCUUGGUCAGAAGUAGAAAAUGUUCCACAAAAAGUAUGGCUUUCGCCUCAUAUUCCACAAUACACCUGUAGCGCAUCAUUUUCCCUAUCAGCAAGCACUGCAACGUUUAUAAGAGCAAAUGGGACGGGGUAUAAUGGUUGGCUUCGGAUAGGAUCUUCAAGUGAGCUUAGAGAAGAUGAAUGGAAAUCGAUACAUGGUGAUGCGGGAAUGAAUAGAAUCGGUGUUGUCAUACAAGCGAGGUUCACGCAUAGAGACCUUCUUGAUCUGAUCAGCUUAAACAAGACGAGAGAGGAAAGGGACAAUCAAAUUAUAAGCGAAGGUAUCAGCUUACAAUCAGGAGAGAUGGGAACAAGGAUCAAUAGAUUUGUAAACCUCACAAUCAUAGCUUACCUUCCUGAACCGAUCUACCGCACUCCCGUCGGCUUGGCCAGAGAUGGGAGUUCGUAUAUUCCCGGCUUGGAUCUGUUUACCGAUAAUCUACAAAUAAUCUUCGAUGGAUCAAAUUCAUCCUCCAAAUUAUCUUUUUCUAAAAUUGUUGCAAAUACAAGAAUACCGGGUAUUACUUUAAGGAUGAACUUAUUGGCAAAUGAGUCUAUCGUCUUACUCUCUUCUUUAGGCCAAAUUUCCGAUUUUCUUUCGUCAAAAACAUCUACACUUACAAUCGCAGCCCCAAAGAUUUCAAUUGUUUCGCAAAAUGGCUCGAUUCAACUCUCGACAAUCAUAGCUGUUGAUGAAGUCAAUCUUUCGACUAUAAAUGGAGGUAUAAAUGUCACUCAAGUUGCGGUAGCGAAAAAGGUGUCUUGUGCAAGCCGAGAAGGCUCUUUGAGAGGACAAUUUAGUGCAUAUGACAACCUUUCGCUCAAGACUACUACAGCAAUGGUCGAAGUUGACGUGAUUGCGAGUAGAGAUACUUAUAAAGAGCGUCUGAGAAGUAGUGGUCUAUUAGCGAUCCUAGAUCCUAGCAAAGAACAGGAAAUCCUUGCAGAACAAUCAUGCACGACAUCUUGGCGAAAGUUGCAAGUAGCGGCAUUCACUCAAGUAGGAUCAACGUCUGUAAAGUUUAUAGAUCAAGAUACAGAAACGCAAUUGUUAUCCGAAGUAACAAGUAUGACGGGCUUGGUGAAUGUUGCACAUUCGAGUGCAUUUCAAGGCAAAGUUGAAUUUGAAACUACGAUUGGAACGAUUGCCGUUCAUGAUUCUUUUGAUGAAUCUGAACAAAAACGAAAAGCAUUUGAAAUUGAUAUCGGUCAUAGUGAAGCAAAAGUAGGUAAAUACGUACAAGGUAGAGUGUUUUCUGUGGAUCCCGGUUGGGACGCUGUUGGGCCUGAUCGUCAGCAUGCAUUCCCGUUAUCGUACUCUCGUAUGUACAGCAACAUUGGUAGGAUCGAAAGCUCUUUUGAUUGAUUUUUUCAGAGUGGCGGCAGACCUUGUUCUACUCCUACUAUUGUAUUUUCACGAGAGAUGUUUGUAUUAUUAUAACUGAAGGGCAUUCUGGAAAAAUUUAUGGCUUAUUUAC